CUUCAAACAAGAUCUAGCUAGCGGACGAUCAAAGCUUAUGGUACAGAGAGAAAGCUGGAUGUGCUUGGAAUCGGCCAUCGAUGUGCGCCCGCGUAGCCCGGGACAGACGGCAAGAGCAUUGCCAAAGUCCCAAUCCUCCGAGUGGCGUGACUUGGCAAUACUUGAGAAUCACGCGUCAAUUGCCUGCAUUGGCGCCAGAAAUGACGCAUGGAAAUCCAAAAGAAUGAGAUCGUGCGGUGGCUUAAGUCAAUCUAGUGACGCACACUCGAACAAUCGGGUCUCGGACCUCAAUGGCCGCCGAAAUCAACACUACUGAUGGUGAAGAGCCCAUCAAUAUAUAUGGACGAGUGUCCUGCCGAUUGCAAAAACCCCACCAUUCGAGCGAAGAACAUCGAUCAGUGGUAGAACGUCGACACCCAUAAUAAUCACCAUAACGGAUCCUCAUCCCGGUACAUACGACAUUUAGCUGAGAAAACCGUCCCAUGGCUUCCACCUCAUCGUACGGUGAACGACACAUCGCUCAAGUAGUCGACGAUCGUGCAGCAGAAACCCCCGAUCGACCUUGCUACAGCAUCGCCAACUCAUCUACUGAUUCCACAAAAGGAUGGCGAGACAUAUAUUAUGGACAAGUCGCCAAUGCCGUGAAUAUCGCGGCACAAUGGCUUGUGGACACUUUUGAACGAAAGGGAUCUGGCUUUGAAGUGUUCGCUUAUAUCGGACCGAAUGACUUGCGAUACACCGUGCUCACGUUAGCUGCCAUGAAGACUGGCUUUCAAGCGCUCAUGGUCUCACCUCGAAACCCGAUCGAGGCGCAGCACUCUCUUUUCGCGGCCACCAAGGCAGUUGCUCUCCUUUAUGCAGAAUCGUCGAAGGUUUGGAUCGAUCCCAUUGUCGCGGCUAACAACGUGGCGACAUAUGUAGUCCCGAACGAGGAAGACUGGCUGGAUGCAGCUCCCGCGAAACACUUUCCCCUUGAACUGAACGUGACUGUCGAGGAGCUCGCGGUGCUGCCUGCCUACGUUCUCCAUACUAGUGGAAGUACUGGCAUCCCAAAACCAGUCUUCAUCAAGCACGGCUGGCUGAUGGCCAUAGAUCGAUUCCACAUCAUUCGGACGAAGUCAGGACAAGCACCAUUUACGGUGCUCUAUAAGAAGGACGAUCGCAUGCUUGCUUCUAUGCCGUUAUUCCACGCCUCGGGGUUGACUCAGGCAUUGCCGAUAGCUAUAUUUUAUGAAGUCAUAAUAAGUAUGACGGCGAUCAACUUUAAAAGCAAAUUGACCGUGGCUGACAACAUGGCAGCGUUUGGCCCGCCCAAUGUUCCCAUUUCGGCAGACACGUUCGAUACAACCUUACGAUAUUCCAAAGCGAAUACGGCGAUUCUCCCGCCGUCGGUCCUCGAAGAUCUUGCCGCCGAUCCUACACAUUUGGCCACAUUGAAGAAAUUAGAUUUCAUUGUGACUGGUGGUGGCCCCUCAUCCCUCAACACAGCGGAGAAGCUCAUAGAAGCGAACAUCAAGGCCUUCAGCCUGAUCUCUGCGACGGAAGGGAUUCUCCCGCUGCUCGAGCCCGAAAAUUCGGACUUCCCAUAUUUCCGCAUUGAUGAUGAACUUGGUGGCUUCGACUGGAGAAAGGUUGAGAGCGCCGAAGAAGAAGACCUGUACGAAAUGUGGAUUCGUCGACUGCCAGAUUGGCGCCAUCAAGGUCACUUCUUCACGUUUCCAGGCACCACCGAGUACAACACGAAAGAUAUUUGUCAGAAGGUGCCUGGUCGACCUGGUCUCUGGCGUUACUAUGCGCGUUCCGAUGAUGUUGUAGUAUUCAGCAACGGCGAGAAGUUGAAUCCCAUCGACAUCGAGGGCGCCGUCACAGAUCAUCCCAAAGUCAAGGGUGCUCUCGUCGUGGGUCAGGGUCAUUUUCAAGCUGGCCUUUUUGUCGAACCUCGCGAUGAGCUGAAAGACAAUGCCAGUCGGGCAGCAUUUAUCGACGACAUUUGGCCUACCGUUGACAAACAAAACCAAAUGACCGUCACCCAUGGUCACGUCUUGAAAGGAUUGAUUCGCGUGACAUCCCCAGAAAAGCCUUUCCCCAGAGCCGGAAAGGGUACCAUUCAAAGGGCAUCCGCGAACGCAUUGUACAAAAAGGAGAUCGAGGAACUCUACAAAAAUGAAAAAUCUGAUUCGAGUGUUAGCGCCGCGGAACUUGAUCUGAGGUCUGAAGCAGCACUUGCAGGGUCUUUGGUCCGGGCCUUUGCAUUAGCACUCGAGUCGCGUGGCGAUGCUGUGGAAGUUGAUACUGAUAUUUUUACGGCCGGAGUCGAUUCUUUGGGUGUUCUCACAAUGGCUCGGAAAAUUAAGGCAGGUAUCCAAUCGCAAGGCGUGGCCGUGAACGACAAACUCGUAUCGCCGCGAACUAUCUAUGCGAAUUCAACGCCUCAAAAGCUCGCUCGUGCGCUCUUCACAGGCAUAAAGGAUGCCGGCGCGAACGGUUCCAAACAGAAUUCGACAGAGGAUGCGGCCGAGGACAGCACGGCCGAGUUGCAGAAGCUUAUGAAGGAGUACUCUGCUGGUAUUCCUACAGUUCUUCCGAAGAAGGCUACCGCCCAAGAGGAAGUUGUAAUCAUCACGGGCACAACUGGUGGUCUCGGCCCAUACCUUCUAGCAGAUACUUUGGGACGGUCUGUGGCGCACGUCUUUGCGCUCAAUCGAGAUCCCACGGCCGAAACGAGACAACAGGUUUCUCAAGUGGCCAAAGGACUGACCACCGAUCUGUCCAAAGUCACGUUUCUCACCACGGAUUUAUCGCGCCCAGAUCUCGGCCUCUCUGAAGAUGACUUCAAACUGAUCAAGAGCCGAGCUACUCGGAUCGUCCACAAUGCGUGGCCGGUGAACUUCAACUUGCCAUUAGACUCUUUCGUGCCGUCUAUCAAAGGCGUGCGGAACUUGAUCGACUUGGCUGCCGCAUCUGAACAUAUUGCCCAUAUCGCUUUCGUCAGCACUAUCGGCACCGCUGCUGCGGCUGCGAGUCCUGUCAAGGAAUCGAACUUGCCCCUCGAAGCCGCUCGUAUGGGCUAUGGACAGUCCAAAUCCGUCUGUGCCUCGGUCCUGGACGCAGCACGAGAGAAAGGUCUUUCCAACGCCGUCAUUCGAGUUGGCCAGAUCGCUGGCUCGAAAGCUGAAGCCGGCGAAUGGAACAGAGCGGAAUGGUUCCCUACAAUAAUCGCCUCUUCAGCAGGUAUGGGUUUGCUACCGUCUGACAUCGGUCCUCAGGGAAAGAGAGUCGAUUGGCUACCUGUCGAGGCAGUCGCCGGUACAAUUCUUGAUAUCAGUGAGGCUGGAGUAGAUGGCUACUACCACACCCUCAACCCCGCAGUCACGACUUACUCCGAACUCCUCCCUGCAAUCACAAAGUACUUUGGAGAUCGAGUCAAAGUCGUGUCAUACCGCGAGUGGUGUGCCGAGCUGGAAAAAUUCAGCCAGACCGCGAAGGGAGAUGCCGAUAUUGAGAAAGUGCCUGGUAUCAAACUCCUGGAAUUCUAUCAGGGUAAUCUACGUGAUGGGGAACCGCAAAUCUUCGAGACUGUACGCACGGAGGAGGCUAGCAAGACGCUGGCGGCGUCGACUCCGGUAAAUGCUUCGCUGAUGGAGAAUUGGUUGCGGCAAUGGAAUUUUUAGAAUCAUCAGGAUAUUGGAUAAUUGUGCCAAGAGUAGUUGACAGAUACUCAGAUACUUUUUCAUGGUAAGCUUGCCGACUUUCUUUGAAGUGUGAUUGCUGUAUGUUCUUAGAGCCAGAGUCUAGUCUAGGGG